UUAAACUCAAACUAGUUCCACAUAAUAAUUCUUCACUAAAAUUUACCUAUUUCCAUGGCGAGCGGCUCCGUGAAGCUUAGUUUGGCAGCAGCGCUUCUUUGCAUUGUGAUCGGUGCAAAGGUGGCUGAAGCGGCUAUGUCGUGCAACCAAGUGGUCAGCGACUUGGCUCCAUGUGUGUCGUUUGUGACCAGCGGCGGAACUCCGUCGAUGAUUUGCUGCAAUGGCGUGAGGACCCUAAACAGUCAGGCUCAGACGACAGCCGACCGACAGGGGGCGUGUCAAUGCUUGAAAUCGGUCAUCGUUCGAGUCUCGUAUAAUCCCAGCAAUGUUGCUAAUGCUGCAGCUCUUCCGGCACGCUGUGGCGUUAAUUUUCCAUACAAGAUUAGCCCUAGUAUUGAUUGCAAGAG